CCAAUACGCAACAGCAACAUCAACCAGUAGCAGGUCAGGUAGACACCGGCCAACAUGGAGGCGGCCUGUCCUGUUGCUGCGGCUAGCUGCUAGAAGCAUUGGUGAAUGUCCAUAGCGGCAUACGAACGCGCUGCUUCUUUGAUCGUUUCUCCGCAGCCUGACGUCGUGACUCGCGUAUGCAUGUUGUUCAAAGGUACCUGUAAGGAGCACCUAGCAAAUUGGCCUUAUGCACAAAUGCAAGCAGAGAACGACGUUGCUUGGUGGGUGGACGUAGUUGGAGUUGAUCCUACAAGAGCUGGUGAUGUGACUUUGUUCAGGAUGGGGCGGGGUGGAGGUUCUCAUUUGAUAUUUUAUCGGAUCACUACCUAAUUCGUGUAGGUGUUACCGUGUUUUAUCUUGAUCAGUUUUUGCUUCCGAUGGCUGUGAGCAUAUGAUUAACGGUUCAAAAGUUGGGGGCUAAAUAUCCAAAUUCAGUGUCUCGUGCUAGAGCGUUUUAAAAAUCAAAUCAUUUUCGAUCGACUUGUAGGAAU